CGCGCCGCGCGCCCGAGGCCCGUGCGGACUCUGCCCGCGUCCGCCCCGGGCCGGUCUGCCCCGCGCGCUGCCAUGGAGCGCAUCGAGGGCGCGGCCGUGAGCCAUUGCGCAGCUUCGCCCUACCUGCGGCCGCUCACGCUGCACUACCGCCAGAAUGGCACUCAGAAGUCGUGGGACUUCAUGAAGACACAUGACAGUGUGGCCAUUCUCAUGUUCAACUCUUCCCAGCAGAGCCUGGUGUUGGUGAAGCAGUUCCGGCCAGCUGUGUAUGUGGGCGAGGUGGAACGCCACUUCCCCGGGUCCCUGGCAGCUGUGGGCCAGGACGGGCCCCGGGAGCUGGAAGAGACGCUGCCCGGUUCGGCGGGCGUGACCUACGAGCUGUGCGCUGGCCUCGUGGACCAGCCCGGGCUCUCGCUGGAGGAAGUGGCCUGCGCGGAGGCCUGGGAGGAGUGUGGCUACCAGCUGGCUCCCUCCGACCUGCGCAGGGUGGCCGCCUACAAGUCUGGUGUGGGACUGACCGGCUCCAGCCAGACCAUGUUCUACGCAGAGGUGACGGAUUCCCAGCGGAGCGGCCUGGGGGGGGGCCUGGCAGAGGAGGGCGAGCUCAUCGAGGUGGUGCACCUGCCCCUGGAUGGUGCCCGGGCCUUCGCAGAUGACCCGGACAUCCCCAAGACCCUCGGCGUCAUCUUUGGCAUCUCAUGGUUCCUCAGCUGUGUGGCCCCUGGGCUGGGUCCCCGGUGAGACCCCAGGGGGUCGAGGCAAGGUCGUCCUGGCCACCUGCCCUGCAGAUCAAAUAAAGGCUUGUGUAACUCCA